AUGGUUUUUUCCCUCACUCGUAGUGCUUUCACCUCGUGUUUUCCUUCCGUUUCCUUCCGCGCCCCUCCUUCAUCUCUUCUCCCCCUUCUCUCAUCCGCCCACCCCGUGGGCUGCCAUCAGGCCAAGGAGCAUCCCUCUCUGUCCACCAUGGCCUCUGUGCCCCUGCGACAGCUCUUUGCUUCCAGACAGAUCAUCUCUCUCACAGAGCUCAGCUUGACGGCCAAUCAGAAGAAGGCAGACAUGCGCCAGCCAAUGGUAUGGCGGGAGGAGUCGACAGCAUCAGCACAGGGUGCACCAGUGGAGGUGUCAUCUGAGAGGCCGGUGUAUGGGGGGGAGGUGGAUCCACAGCAGCUGGUGGUGGAACUGGGGCCAUUUGAAAUUCGCACGUUUGCACUCACGUUCAAGCCCUUUUCGGCAUGA